GCCGACACGACUUCUAUAUAUGUUGUCACUAUUUCCCGGUCUAACGCAAAAGGGCUAGUGCACAACCGCCCACUCUUGUAUAACGAUCGUGUCAGCACUUCAGCUGUCUGUAUGCUCCUCUCCAUUCACUGAGACGCAAAGUCAAAAAAUGGCCUCUGAUGAUAGCACGUUACCUGCCCUUAAUCCCCACCUCUACGAAGACUGCGAUGACGAAGAAGACCUUCUCUGGAAAGCCCCUCUAGCAGCCCUGUUGGACGGCACACAGACCCCUCUCCAAGCGGCGCAAGCAAUUGACUCUUUACUUCGAGCCGAGACAUCACGACGCCUCCAGAAGCUCAAUGACUACGCUGCAAGUCAUCACAUGACCACCGAAGCUCUAGAGUCAGAUGACUGGAUGGAUCUCUACCCGCCGAACGCAAGUGCGUUGGCACAAGAGGUUAUUCGAUGGUGGUGUAAGGUGUGCACGGCGUUCUAUCCUCACAGCGGAGGUCAAGAUCGAUUAAUCGGCCUGUUGGAGGAACUAAGAUGUCUUCCCCGAUGGAUGGCGCCGGAGACACGGCCUGAUGAGAAUGGCGAAGUAGUUGAGACAGAAUUUUGGGCGUUCGGCAAGAACUGGAUAGGUCUUGCAGACAAGUUGCGCAGAGAGCGCGAUGCAGAUGCUGGUCCUUACACUCAUAUCCCCGAGUCUUGCACGCGCUGGCAGAAUCUUCAAUCUGCUAUGGCCCGCGUCACUGCCGAUGGCUUAAUUUACGGUGCACCCUUCACCGCCCUCCAGAAUAUUGUGGCAACGGGCGAGAAUGACCGCAAGAUUCCUGAUCUUGACAUCGUUGCUGCUGCUCAGUGGGUGAUUUGGCCAGUCGAAUGUCGCCACGUUUAUGUUGAGUGUAUGAAGAAAGAAAACGCUGUCCACUACUGGGAGCCGUGGAGCAGGCAGAGGUGGAACUUGUGGAAAGAUGUGUUCAGACAUGCUACAGGAGACGGUCGACACAAUGAUCGUACAAGAGAUAUGGCAGCACGAGCGUUUCAACAGAUGAAUGAAGUAGAGAUAGAAGUUGAUGAAGAAGGCUCUGAGGGGUCCGUAAACGGGAGUGAGUAGGUGAAGUGCUGUCCAGACGAAACACAAGCUAUGCCUGCAUCUCGGCAGGCUCUGCUGUUUUGUCUGCAAGAUAAUUCUAUCGUGAAAUGUUUCACGUAAAGCAAAGAACUCCACGAAUGCGCGAUCGCAAUUCGUAUGCUGAGCUGGGGCACUUUUAUCGAGAUUUCAAGCUGAGCUGGGGCAAGCCCGAUGUAGUAAUUUGUAAGAUAUUUGCGGAUUGACAUUCAGUAUGCGAUACCGGACUUGAUGUUAUAUGAGCCAUGCAUACUGCGGCUUGCGUGAUUGCCG